UUGGCCAAGGUCACACAGCUGAUAGAGGUGAAGCAGGCACUCUUCCAACAAUGCUGGAAUAGCAGGCCAGUAAGAUGGGACUCUGCAUCACUGCAUCAUGGGGGUCCAUCCUCUGACCUGGGGGCGGGGCAGGAGAACAGACAGUCUGGAGAAAGCAGUGAGAACCCUGGAGGAGGGAGGAUGGGGGGGAAGGAGGGAGCAGGAGGAGCCGGCAGUGAGUCAGCAGGGCAGGAUAAGGAUCUUCCAGCCCAGGGAGAGGUAACCCCACUCCUCUGCCAGGGGAGACGGAGUCACAGAGCCUGCGGCAUGGGUUGGCCAGGGCAACGGAACAUCCUGGGAGAAUGUGGCAGGGAAAGCUCCUGGCAGGCAAGGGAGGAGUCGAGCACCUGGGGGUAUCCCUUCCGCCCCUGCCCUCUUCACACACCCAUUGCCCAGACAUCCUGGCACACGGGGAGACAGCCCGGGCAGGGCCGGGGAGAGGCAGGGGACUCGUGGGGGAUGCUAGCGUGCCUGUGCACGGUGCUCUGGCACCUCCCUGCAGUGCCAGCUCUCAAUCGCACAGGGGACCCAGGGCCUGGUCCCUCCAUCCAGAAAACCUAUGACCUCACCCGCUACCUGGAGCACCAACUCCGCAGCUUGGCUGGAACCUAUCUGAACUACCUGGGGCCCCCUUUCAACGAGCCUGACUUCAACCCACCUCGGCUGGGGGCAGACACUCUGCCCAGGGCCACUGUCAACUUGGAAGUGUGGCGAAGCCUCAAUGACAAACUGCGGCUGACCCAGAAUUACGAGGCCUACAGCCACCUUCUGUGUUACUUGCGCGGCCUCAACCGGCAGGCUGCCACAGCCGAGCUGCGCCACAGCCUGGCCCACUUCUGCACCAGCCUCCAGGGCCUGCUGGGCAGCAUUGCAGGCGUCAUGGCAACUCUGGGUUACCCGCUGCCCCAGCCUCUGCCCGGAACUGAGCCCACUUGGACCCCUGGCCCUGCCCACAGUGACUUCCUCCAGAAGAUGGAUGACUUCUGGCUGCUGAAGGAGCUUCAGACCUGGCUGUGGCGCUCAGCCAAGGACUUCAACCGGCUCAAGAAGAAGAUGCAGCCUCCGGCAGCUGCAGUCACCCUGCACCUGGAGGCCCAUGGCUUCUGAUCUCUGACCUUUACCCUACGCCUUCCCUAUCCCUUCAAACCCUGCUCCCACUCUAGGAGGGAGAACCCUGUAUGCCAACACUUGUUGAGCCAGCAAACAGAAGCCACAAGACUCUGGCCCUCCCCUGGACUUGGAUGGGGGUGUGAUGUAAUAAGCCCCAUCUCCUCCCCACCUCCCAAAGGCUUAAAGAUCUGGGGAAGGGGUGCAAUAAGGCCCCAUUCUGUUUCCACAGGGAGUAAUGCUUGAGGGAGUCCAAAGUGGUUCAAGGUGACAUAAAGGCUCUCACAGCCUCCUGCCUUCUGCCUACCACUUGGCCAGUACCCACUCAGCCCCUUAAGCAGCACUUCCAGGAAGCAUACCUGGAGGACAGGAGUGGGAAGCCACCAUAGCAUGUGCCUUUCUGGGGUGAAGCCCUUUGGCUGCCCUUCUUUCCUUGGAUGGGUAUUGUUCCUCUACCCCAGAUAACUCCACACAUCCAAUUCAGGAAACAAACAUGGUGGCAAGUUUAAACAAAGAGAGAUGAGAUUAAAAAUAAAAGGGGUGGGGCCUGCAUUGGAAGUGGCCUACCGAUCAGAAGAGACAAUACUGAAAGCAGAGGGGCAGGAACAGACCAGACCCAGGAAUCACCAAAGCAAGUCAGUGGCGCAGAAUGGCAAACAAAAGCCUUGUUGAACAUUAGGACCUUGCCUCAAAUUUUCUUGCCAGCAUCACAGUGCCUCCUCUCUGCCCCCCUUCCCAGGGUAUCUGUGGGUUGCUCAAGCUGGGGAGGGCAACCGUAGCCACAGCCACAGGAUUUCCUGAAAGUUUACAUUGCAGUAGCAUUUUGGGGUGUGGGGUGGCAGCUCCCCCAGGCCCUGCCCCCCCAGCCCCACCCACUCAUGACUCUAAGUGUGUUGUAUUAAUAUUUAUUUAUUUGGAGAUGUUAUUUAUUAGAUGAUAUUUAUUGCAGAAUUUCUAUUCUUAUAUUAACAAAUAAAAUGCUUGCCCCAGAACUUA